AUCGCAACGGUCACCUCUCUUCCCCCACUCUCCCACCACCCUAUACAAAAUACAUCCCCGCAUUCCAGUUUCCAAAUCCAUCCACAGCUGCCAGCCCGCCACAUCUGCCACGCCCAAAUCUGCGUCGUGCGCGAGUGAGAAGACCGGAUCUGCGGCGGGAUGGCGACGAUCCAGAACAAGCCGACUCCGACGGCGCCGUCCACGACGACGGGCGGCGGACUGCGCGCCAUGGAUCUGUACGAGAAGCUGGAGAAGGUGGGGGAGGGCACGUACGGGAAGGUGUACAAGGCCCGGGAGAAGGCGACGGGCCGGAUCGUGGCGCUCAAGAAGACGCGGCUCCCCGAGGACGACGAGGGCGUGCCGCCCACCGCGCUGCGGGAGGUCUCGCUGCUGCGGAUGCUGUCGCAGGACCCGCACGUGGUCCGCCUGCUCGACCUCAAGCAGGGCGUCAACAAGGAGGGGCAGACCAUCCUGUACCUCGUCUUCGAGUACAUGGACACCGACCUGAAGAAGUUCAUCCGGGGCUAUCGCGCCAACCACGAGAAGAUCCCCGCACAAACCGUCAAGAUCCUGAUGUACCAGCUGUGCAAGGGCGUGGGUUUUGUUCACGGCCGCGGGGUGCUCCACCGUGAUCUGAAACCGCACAACCUGCUCAUGGACCGCAAGACCAUGGCGCUCAAGAUCGCUGACCUCGGACUCAGCCGUGCCAUCACCGUCCCUGUAAAGAAGUACACGCACGAGAUUCUGACGCUGUGGUACAGGGCGCCCGAGGUUCUUCUUGGCGCCACACACUACUCCACGCCGGUUGACAUUUGGUCCGUGGGGUGCAUAUUUGCUGAGUUGGUUACUAAUCAGCCACUUUUCCCUGGCGACUCCGAGUUGCAGCAGCUCCUCCACAUCUUCAAGUUGCUGGGCACCCCAAAUGAGGAGAUGUGGCCAGGAGUAGGCAAGCUGCCGAACUGGCACGUGUACCCCCAGUGGAAGCCCACUAAGCUGUCCACUCUUGUCCCUGGUCUUGACUCCGAUGGCUAUGAUUUACUUGAGAAAAUGCUUGCAUAUGAGCCAGGGAAGCGGGUCUCGGCGAAGAAGGCCCUGGAGCACCCGUACUUCAAUGAUGUUAACAAGGAGGUGUACUGAAGCGACCCGAGUAGUAGGGUUCAUCGAGAGAGGAUCAUUGUCACCUUAUUCUUCGCUUAGUGUGUUAAUAUGGCUACCCUGAAGCAGUACUUGAAGUAUCUCUGUGUUCAAGCUGCUACUUUUCUAUUUGUUGUGCCAUUCACUUUGGUUGUGAUGGAUAAGGCAGGGAGAGUUUUCAGCAUGAGUGAGCUUAUGUUGACACUGUUUCUUGCAAAUUGUAGCCGGAAAGCUUGCGAUCAUCUUCCAUUUGAUUUAUAAAGCUUCACUAUAUGGCUCUGAAGC